CUUCUGGGAGUCACUUGUGUUGACGGUGAACGUGACGCCCAACGUUUAUCGACAGUUGAGAGAAACGUUUUUCAUUUAUAACUUCCUCAUACCAAUCACUCGACGGAACGCUUACGGACUGUCCAAAUGGAUUAGCUUUUCAUCUCGGUGGAAGCAGGAUCGGAGAUGACAGCAAAUUCGUGGUGUGUCGAACUCGUGUUGCUGAAUUCAUCAUGCCGUGAGGUCAAGUGAUUUGAACAUUUCUUGGCAGACUUGAGUCUCUGUUAUCGGAGCUUGGGAUUGGAUGGGGAGAUUUACGUGGAAUUCUUAAAGCUCAACGCAAAGGAAGGAGGAGAACCCAGCCAUGGGGAAUUUUCACAAAACGGGUCCGACCACCUCUGUCCACUGCAGAUUCACAUCGCUGAGAAGAUUAUGGAACAUGAAGCCUCGUUCUAUGAAGCCGGCAAUCAUGGUCCUGGUUUUUCUGGUGGUGUCGCUCGUCCUGAACAGCGUCCUCCUCGUGGGCACAAGAACUCCGCAGGAACUGAAAGGAGACACCGCGCUGCUGCCCUCAGAGCCACUGACGCCACAGCCGAAAGUCCAGCCCACAGUCAUUGCUCAGUACCCUUCUCCUGCAGCUUCGCAGAAGUGGGCCUCAGCGGCCCAAGAGAGGUCUGAUAAGAAGAAAGUAAAAGGUAUUAAUUCUGAAAAUAACAUUAAGAAAGCUGGCACCACCAUGCAGCCUUUAAGAGCACACGUAGCAAUGACCACCAGAGGGAAGCAGAAGACUAAGACAUCUACAACCACAGAAAAUUUCGUGCCAAUCGAGUGGGAGAGAAUGAAAGCAAACGAACGCCUCUUCGAAACCGGUUACAACGACAAACACGUUGACAUUCCCGUGUGGAAGUAUUUAAAGCCUAAAGAAGAACAGUCAGAUACCAAUGUUCAAGAACUUUCCUUCGGUUUCGUCAAUAGUAACUUCAAACCGCCCGAUCUCUCCCAGACCAAUCUGGUGGACUUGAUGGGGUUGAUGGAGAACUCCACGAAAAAGAAAACUGGUCUCAAUCCAGGGUCGAUCAUUGGAUCAGUUAUCGGUGCUGUUGUCGAAGCGAAGAAAUUCAUGUCUGAAGGAGGAAACCAAGAUGUCCAACCUGACACUGACGUGAAUAAGUUUCCUGUUGGAGAAAAGCAAUCAGCCAAUGCAAAGGGAGCCACUGACCCAGUUAACCAAAACAACACAGACUCAGAAGUCAUGCAGUCAGAUGUAUCUGGCGUAUCUAACACAAACAGGCAGGAUAAAGAGAGAGAGAACAAAGCAGUCCAAGAAAACGCACCCAAGAUGAAUUCCAAAGGUCCUCUUAGGGAUGCAAACACUUUAGGAACACUCGUAUCCAAAUAUGGCCCCUCGCUGUUUUCCUUAGCUUUCAAUACAGAUGGUCAGACGCAAUCACACGACGCUAAUAGUAGUCCGUUGAUGUCCUUUAUGGGGCUUAGGGCCUCUACUCUUGUCCAAAUCUCUGGGAACAAAUGA